UAUCAACAACUGGCGAGGUUAUCUCGGCGAGAGAGAGAGAGAGAGAGGGGGAGAGGAAAUACCUAGAGCGUCGUGUUGUUCGCGAGGCCUGGAAGCCGAGCGUGCCGCAUCGAAACACUGUCCGUGAGGUACCUCUUCUUCUUGGGAGAUCCGCUGCGUAAAGUCACUUUCUGUCCACUCUCCUUCACAACCGGUGCACGCACGCGGGAGCACACAACGCGACGCGACGCAACAUAUAGCGCUGAUAGCAGCUGAUAGCGCGCUCCCCGCGAGCGCCUAUGUUAAUAAAAUAUAUGUCUAUGGGUCCGUUCCGUUUCACGCAUAUGCGCGCAUUUAUCUAUAGCAUACGUAACGUUUACUAUAAACAAUGCGCGCAUCAUGCGUGAAACGGAACGGACUCUAAGUUUUUAAUAUGUUCUGUAGUUCUCAUGUUCUAUCGGCAUCUAUACAUAACCUUCGUAUAUUUUGAUAUCUUUCAAUACGUACGGUGCAAGAUUUGUGUAAAAAAGCUGGACCCCAGUUGAUGUGGAGACACGGUGAUAGAAGUAUAUAACCUAUAAGUAUAUCUAUUUCGAAACUGAAAAAAAUUAAAUCUUUCCAUUGCAAUGUAUAAAAAGAGUUUAGAAUGGAAAAAGUUGAAGAGAAAAAUUGAUCAGAAUAAAGAAUGGAAAAAGUUGAAGAGAAAAUGUGAUCUGAAUCUCAAUAGCUUAGUACAGGAAGAAUAUGUUGAUCAUCUCGUUGAGAAGAGUACUUAUAAUGAUUUCAAUAAACAGAAUUGUAACACAGAACAGCAAUCUAUACAUGAGGACAAUACUAAUAAAAGUAUCAGUUUUUGUAAUGAUGUGAUGAGCAACUAUAAACAUUCUAAUGAUUUUAUGCCCGAGGAUCAUAAUCAUCCAAGUAAUUAUAUUCGUCAGUUCGCUACACAAGAAGACCUACAAGAAGCACAGACUCCUCAGAUAGAAACCAUUGAUACAAUAGAAGAAUGUUUUGCAGUUCAUGAUCAAAGAAGAAUAAAUGAAAUAGAUGAUGCUUCGAUUAUUAAAGAUAUCAAUGAUUGCGAGUUUCAAAACGACUAUAUAUAUGAUGAGACUUAUAACGAAUGGCAAGAAUUACAAAAUCAUAAUAAUUCUUGUUCAAGUAAUAUCACACUUUCUACUGAUAAUACAUUAUGCGAGGAAAAUGAAAAUGGUAAACAAUUUGUAAGCGAUUGUAAACUUGCAAAUUCUGAUUUCAAAUUAAUUCAAGACCUUACUGUGUGGGCUUUGAAAAGAAAUAUAGCGCUUAAUGCACUGUCUGACCUUCUGACAAUAUUAAGGAAUCAUAAUCAUAAAUUCCUUCCUUGGUGUGCACAGACACUCUUGAACACUCCUAGAAGCACGGUAUCAUUAAUCAGAGAAUUAGAAGGCGGUGGACAAUUUUGGUAUUAUGGUAUUCUCUCUGGCCUCAAAACUGUACUGUGCGAAGAAAUAUUGGAAUCAUUAUCUGAUAUAAUUGAAAUUGAUGUUUUUUUUUAUGGUUUCUCGCCUUAUAAAAGUAUACGACAUAUUUUGUGGCCAAUUGCUGGAUGUAUAGCUGGUAGAAAUGAAGUUUUUAUUAUAGCUAUAUGGUGCGGAGAAACUAAAUGUCCACCAGAUCUUGAUGCCUACUUGGAGGAUUUUAUCAAUGAAAGUUUGGAGUUAAUAAAUGGUUUUAGUGUUAAAAAUAGACGUUACAAACUUAAAAUUAGAAACGUAAUUGCCGAUGCACCUGCUAGAACAUGGUUGAAACAAGUCAACCAACAUGGCAGUAAAUUUGCUUGCGAAAGGGAGUGUAUAUAUGUAUGUAUAUAUCACUGAAUGAGCAUUUUUUCAAUUUAAAGCCACGCGAAUAUUUUAUAGUAGUAGAAUAUAUAGUGCGCUGUCAUUUCAAAUUGAGUGUAAUAAUAUACAUCAAAUCUUUUAAGUUUGAUUUUGUACUGUAAAAAUGAGAUAAAAAAUCGGAACUGCAGAGAUUUCAAGGCUUAAUUAUGCCCAUAUUUUUAAGUUAUUAUAUUUUUUGAAUAUAAAAUGUAGAUAUGAGAAAAUA